CUUUGUUAGAGGCGCUGAUUUGACUUCCUCCCUGGACUUUGGAGCCUGGUCUGGGGGGGCGUUCUCAGCCGCUUCACUUUUUCUACUCAUGUAUGCGCGGGCGUGGGGGGCUCGGCUGAGAAAACUGAUCCAGAACCCUUUGCAGACUUUUCUUAAAGGCAUCUUCCUUCCCAGGCCGUGGAAGCAGUUUUGGCAGAUCAAAACCCUAACACCUGACCACAGGCUCUCUGCUGCCCCCUGUGGAUUCAGAGCCAUGUCUGCUGCUGCAGGCUCCCUGAAGCCCCUCAUUGCUGUCUGCCAGGUGACCUCGACCCCCAACAGAGACCAGAACGUGGAAUGCUGUUCCAGCCUCAUCCGGGAGGCGGCCCAGCGGGGUGCCUGUGUCGUCUUCCUCCCUGAAGCCUUUGACUUUAUUGGCAGCAACACGGAAGAGACCCUCCACCUGGCUGAGCCCCUGGAAGGGGAUUGCUUCCAGCAUUAUGCCAGCCUGGCCAGGGAAUGCGGGGUCUGGUUGUCCCUUGGAGGCUUCCACGAGAGAGGCAGCAAUUGGGAGAGCACAGGCAGGAUCUACAACUGCCAUCUACUCCUGGAUCCCAAAGGAACCUUGGUAGCAGCCUACAGAAAGACUCACCUUUGCGACGUGGAGCUGGAGGGUCGAGUGUCCAUGAAGGAAAGCGCCUUUACCAAUCCGGGCUCUGAGAUUGUGUCACCUGUCAGCACCCCAGCUGGAAAGGUUGGUUUGGCCAUCUGUUACGACCUACGUUUCCCAGAGAUGUCACUUGCCCUGGCCCAGGACGGGGCAGAGAUUCUGACAUAUCCAUCAGCCUUCACGGUGACCACAGGUUCUGCCCACUGGGAGGUGCUGCUGCGAGCCCGUGCCAUUGAGACCCAGUGCUACGUGGUGGCAGCCGCUCAGACAGGCAAGAACCACGAGCGCCGCACCUCCUACGGCCACUCCAUGAUAGUGGACCCUUGGGGCAGCGUCAUUGCCCAGUGCCAAGAGGGAACAGGCCUGUGCUAUGCUGAGAUUGAUCUGGCUUACUUGCGGCGCAUCCGGCAGGAAAUCCCGGUCUUCUCCCACCGCCGAACUGACCUGUAUGGCCAGGUGGCCUCCCUGAAGAGCCCUACAACCUCAUGAUCAGCCUGCCUGCCACACAGGACUCUCAGGCACUGCCAGGCUGGCCUCCGAAACCAAACCCACAGGAUUACAAGGAAAGAAUAAGCCCCCAUCCUGCCUGGACCUAAUCAACUAUUGAUUUGUGCACUGGUGAAGAGCAGCAGUAAUUGUGGGGGUGGGUAAAAAGUGGGACUGACAAACUGAGCCCCCACUUAUGCCCGAUUCAGAACGCUUUGGCCCUGUCCCCCCGCUAGAAAACCAAGACUCUACUCAUUUCUGCCACUACAAAAAGUAUCACCUUGGUCAUAGAUUCCUUCUAUGCCGCCGCACUCCAGCGCAGGUUCUAGAUGAUCACUUUUCACCUCAAUAAAUUAUC